AUGGAUCAUGCUAAAAAGAAGGUUAGCAAGAGGUAUCAUGAAGGCUUAAAUGUCAUUUUUGAUGAGCGUCGGCGGUUUGAAAUCGAUCUGAGAAACAUCGCAUCCGUAGUUCGAGCAGGUUAUGCUGCCAUAAGGCCAGAUCUAAGGGCAUUUACAGAUGGAAUGCUUCACAGAUGGCUUGAAAAAGGUCUUUGGCCACCUAUCUGCAAUUAUUCGGAUGAAGACGAGAUCUGGAAGCAAUGUUCAAUGGACAUGAUGCAUGUCCGUAUCGAGAAAGACUCGGAGACAAAAAUUAUGCUGCGCCGGGUAGCACAGAUAAGAAUGUAUUAUUGGUAUGAAGAACAAGAAAAGAAAAUUCGCAAUUCACAAGAUCCUACAGCCCAGGACUCAAGCAACGAUGUACGAAUUAAAUCGAUUGAUACUAUACUUCAACACUACCAUAUCAAUUGGAAUAUAAUUAAAGAGUCGUCCAGAAAAAAACUCCGUGAAAACUUUGAAGCAGAGAAAGAUGUUGGGAAAAGGUGGUGUGAGUUAGUGCACUACUUAAGUGAAGGCAUUCUAGUCAUAUGCGAUAGAAAGAUGGACAGUCAAUUAAAGAAUUUCUCAAGCGACGAUGUGUAUACACUGGCGACGUUUGUUGUCAAUUGCUACUCGGAAGUUUCAAAUGUUUGUCAGUGCUUUGACAGCAUUGUGAGAACUUUCAUCCAAAAAGGGGUGUUUCAACCUGAGGAGCUACACAAUUGGCAUGGUGGACUCGAUCGGGGCUUACUGGAAGGUGGGCUAGAACAGAUGAAAGAGCCACCUAGGCCCCCAGUAAUGUGGCUCCAACUUACUAAACCCUCGAAGAAUGAUCUGACUGGCUUUAUUCAAAGAGCUUUGGGUCGUACCUAA